GUAAGCUACUUUGUUUCAGUUAUAUUUACAAAUCUUUUAUUUAGGAUAAAAUGUGACCAAUCUUCUGACACGAUAAACAAAAUUCAUGUGCCGUAUAAUAUAUAGUUCAACAUCCUGUAUCAAUUAAUCAACAUAUUUAAAAAUGGAUGAAGAUAUUCUUCUUAAAGUAAAAAGUCACUAGCUAAAUAUAAAACUUUUAUUUUGAAAGCUCCCUCAUCGGAAAAUACGAGUUGCUGCCGCGAGCUUAAACGUGCGAACCACCAAACGUCACAUUUAGCUUCUAGUUUGAGCUGAAAUGUGUCACUUUGCGGUCUGUAUUUGUACAUUUAUUUGAAGGGAAACACAGUUUAAGUCGUUUAACCGAACGGUCGGGUCCGAAAACAACGCGUUGACCGUUUAGUUCCAGUUGGAAGUUGAUGGCGGUGUAACGAGGAUUUGUGUGUACCGGACACAAGAUGUUCUGAAGAUGCCAUCUUUUGACUUGUUGAACCGGGUGGAGCUGUACAUGCGGGCGGGAACAUUUCCCCUGGAAUCCUCGAAGAGCUCAAAGAAAGUGACCAAAGCGGCCAGCAAGCACUUUAUCUAUAAAGAUGGCUGCCUGCUGCGCUCGUACCGAGGUCGCCUCCUCCGGGUCGUGAGGAGCGACGAGGAGGUGAGGGAGAUCCUGGCCCGUUACCACGACAACAACAGCCAUGCGGGGCGGGUCCGAGUGGUUAGGGAGAUAAUGUUGAUGUAUUACUGGGUCGGAGUGACGGAGGCGGUAAAAGCCUGGAUCCAAGACUGUGCCGUCUGCCAGAGCCGGACUCCCGUAGAACCGCCAGCACCCCCGGUCCAGUUCUGCCUGGCCUACGGCUGCGACGCCUCCAGCUACGUGCACCCUCAGCUCAGCUUCCACAGGUUCCCCAAGGACGCGGAGCGGCGGCGGCGGUGGCUGGUGCUGUCUCAGAGGGACGAGGGCUCGCUCCGUACCAACUCCUGCCUCUGCUCCAGGCACUUUGAGCCGGCCUGCUUCUCGCCGAGUGAGGGCGGUCAGCCGACUCUGUCGCCGGACGCCGUGCCCACCGUGCCCAUUGUCGUCUCCGCGGCGACGCAGGAGGACGAGGUUCCGGCCCCUUCAGACGAGGACUUCCUCCAGUCCGGCAGCCUGGAGGACCUCCUCUCCACUGCGGCUGCAGAACCCGCAGACCCCCCCGAGCCGGCCUUCGAUCGCUGCGACCCCCCCACAGAGCUGCAGGAGCACCAGUACUGCCUCCCGGGCCCCGAUCCGGACUGCAGGGAGGUCCAGACCGUGAUGGAGCUCAAGAGGAGGAAGGUCGUCAUCGAGCCCAGCUUCAAAGCCUACAACCAGAUCGCAGAGUACCUGAGCCACAGAGUCCUCCCCAUGCAGAGCAAGGCAGCCAGAGGGGGUUUGAAGAGGAUGUCCAAGCGCUUCGGUCUGAACGAUGGCGUGCUGCUGUACACCAGGGUCUCUCCUCCUCUACGAGUGCCCCGCUGCAGAGAGGAGGUGAACUCGAUCCUGCAGCAGUUCCACGACAACCAGGGUCACUACGGCCACGGGAUCUGCCAGCGGGAGAUCACCAAGCACUUCUACUGGGCCAGCAUGACUCACGACCUGGCCCGCUGGAUCUCCAGCUGCGACACUUGCCUCAACCGGUCCAAGAGGAAGUGGCUCCGCUGCAGCGUCUCCACCUGCACCAACUGCUGCGGGCCGGUGGAGCGCGGCCUGGGCCUCACCUUCCACAAGUUUCCUCUCGACAACCUGGCCCUGCUGACCCAGUGGCUGAAGGCCGUCGGCCGGCCCAACUGGCACCCUCGGCUCGGCUCGUCCGUUUGCUCCACCCACUUCACCGAGGACUGCUUCGACCGCGGCGGGGACAAGGUCUCUGUCCAGCCGGACGCCGUACCCACGCUCUUGGUCCACGGCGACUCUGCGACUCUAUCCAGAGGUCCAACUCAGCGUGCAGGGGAGGAGGCCUAUUUUGCCAAGUACGAUGCCGUGGAGCUCUACCUGAGCAGACGCACAUAUCCUCCUGGACUGAGCUACGUGGAGAAGAACACCUUCAGGAGGUUCUGCAAGAAGUUCACCAUCAAAGACGGCGAGCUGCACAUCAUGAGAGGCGACCGGGUGCGUCUGGUUCUGAGGAGCCGGCAGCGGGUGGAGGCCGCCAUGACGGAUUACCACAACGAGCUGAACCACCUGGACAUCAACAAGUGUCUCAGACUGCUGAACGAACGGUACUUCUGGAAAACCAUGAAAACCGACGUGCUGCAGUGGAUCAGCAGCUGCUCGCAGUGCAGCAGGAGGAAGAAACCAGUCGGCCAAUCGGAGCCGAGGGCGUCUCCUCUGGAGGCGAUGACGUCGCCGCAGAUACCCGAUGACCCCGACAGUGGGAAGGACGGUGACGAUUGCAGCGACGAUGACGAGGAGGACGAGGAAGACGGAGGCGAAGUGGACGUAGUAGAGAGGAGGCCAGACACGACUUCACAGGACAGAGCGCAGAGUCCUUUGCCCCCCACGCCCGUGAACCCCACCAGGCCUCAGCCCAGGAUCCCCAUCCUCCUCCAUCUGAGAACUCCCAUCAAUUUCCAGCCCAGAAUUCCCAUCAUCCUCCAGCGAAGCAUUCCCAACGCCCCCUUCGUGGCCAGACUCAUGCCCGUCCGGAGAGGACCGCCGCCGCCGCCGCAGUUUGAAGUCACCGGGAGCCAAAGCGGCCUCGAGGUCCAGGAGGAGCGGAUCCAACUCCUGGACCGGAGGAGGACGGGUCGGCCUCAGGGCAGCGCCAGGACCCAUCACUUUGUCAAAGUCCCAGAGAAACCCAACCCUCUGUCGGAGUCGUGUCCUCCGCCAACGGAGCUCCCGCAGGCGGCAAGCGGCGGGCUGACGACCGCGAACCGAACCCAAAGCCAAGGCGUAGUCAGGCACCCGGUGAAGAGGAAGAGAGACCUGGAGGCGCCGUCUUUGGCCAGAAGGAGCUUCAGCGCUGGCCUGGAACCCAUCGUGGCCCCGAGCACCAAACCCUGGCCCGUCUUCACCAUCGCACAACCGCCUCCUGAGGUAGACUGCUCGCCUCCCUCCUCGAGGCCCCGGGGCCUUCAGGCCCGGACCGUGGUCCAGCAGUGCAGGACGGCGAAGGUGAAGAUCAGACCUGCGCUGGACGGGGCCGACGCCCAGUGGGCCGAGAUCCAGGAGGGGAUGGUCGUGUACGUGUGCUUCUUCCACGGAGCCACGGAGGACGCCGCUCACGACAUGGCCAGCAGCCUGAUGACCACCAAGCUCUUCCGUAAGGACUCGGGCCACUCGGUGUCCGUCCUCGACCUGCCCGGCAGUGUGUUGUUCAUCCCCCAGGACUCGCUGCUCGGGGAGCCGGUUGCCAGGAGACGGGUCCGGUACCGAGGCGGCUGUGAGCUGUGGAGGGGCGCCCAGCUCUUCUCCCACCUGGUGGCCGCCUGCAGGGAGCUCAUGUCCGGCUCGGCCAAGUGCGCCAAGGCCGGCGUCGCGGUGGAGCAGGGCAUCUACGGGCAGAAGCAAGAGGUGGUCCUGAACUCCACGGAGCCGCUGACGCUGCUGCUGGAGUUCUGAGGGGCGAGCCGGGACUUCCAGGAGUCCCUCGAGGGGAUCUCUGAGGGAAGAUCCGGGACUUCCAGGAGUCCCUCGAGGAAUCUUUUUUCCACCCCAAAAGAGGUCCAGGAUGAUGGAACCAGUGGAUCUAAACUCAGGGAGUCAAAAGUUCCCAUUUUGUGUCUGAAGAACUUUGAAGAUGAAGCAAAUUAGACCAGAAUGUUGUUUCUUGGUAUUUACUUUUGUAAAAAAAUUGUAUUAUUUAAUGAAUGAAUGAGACAGUCAAUAAUCUUUUGACUGGUUAUUUAUUUCAGCUUUUAUUUUAUUUUUACAAAUGGCACUAAAUUUAGCCCAAAUGUGAGCUCUUCAAAAAGGUCUGAACCUUUUUUGGUUCUGGUUUCUUUGACUCGAGAACAUUUCUCUUUGUGAAGACGCUUCAAGCCGUUGGAGUCUGUGAAAGUCUGCCUUAAACAAAAAACAUAUUUAUAAAUAUUAUGUUGACGUGUUUGUCAGUUACAGGAAAAGUCUGUUUUUAUUGAACACCGUCGUGUGAAAAGCGUCCGCGAAGUCCAAUAGUUUGAGUUUAUCUUUUGUUCAGUGUUUAUUCUGUGACGAUAUUAUUAAAUAACUAUUUCUUGGA